AUGUCACCGCUGGCCAUCAAUGGCGAUGCCAAGACCACAGCCAAGCCUGUCAUCGACACCAUCCAGCUAGAAAACUUGUUGCUUCGUGACGAGGAGAUUUUCCAGACAUCUUUAAAUUCCGAAGACUACCUCGAGAGCUUGGCGCCAAUUGUCAAAGAUGCACUUCGAGCCAACGGAUUAUCCGAUCUCAUCCACAAAUUGAACGAUAUAGUGCGCGAAAAAGACGAUGAGCUCACAGAUUUGUCCAUGAGCUCGACCCAGGACAUCAAUUCGUGCAUAGACUCCAUCGAUCGCAUCCACGACGAGUCGUCAGAACUCGGCAAAAACCUCCAGCAAGUGAGUCUGUUUCUCAACAAAUCGGUGUACGAGCUUGUUUCGCGGAAAAAAGAGUUGAUCAAAUGCAAUGAUGUCACCAGCAAGAUCAACGAGACCAGCAAUGUGUUGAACUUGUGUAUUCAAGUUUUGGAAAUCACAAACAAAAUUCACGAACUUAUAAAACAACACAAGUAUUUCAGUGCAUUGAAGCUCAUCGACGAGCUCACGAACAUUCACUUGCCAAAGGUGGAAAACUUUUCUUUUGCAGUCAAGAUCUACGACUCUGUUCCACUUCUCACCAAGACAAUCAAAGACGAGUCCUUCGACAACUUGUGUAAGUGGGUAAGUGUCAACAUAGAGCGCAAGCUUGAGGCCAUAGGUGACUCAUUGUUCGAUAACAUCAUUCGACUUCAAGAUAACUGGGACGCUAUCAAAAAGGCGGAGGGCCCAAAUAGCAGUUUCACGCCUCAUAAACUCAACUCCCCCAUCGAAGUGGCUAUCCGAGAUCCUUCCAACAGCUAUAAUAUUUUCUUUGACAAGACCCUUCUGAUCAACUCGGCCACUUUGUACGAUGCCAUGCUCGUGUACCAGACCCUCAAUGAGGACGACCAACUUUCACGAAUGUACCACAAGGAAUGGAUCAAAAAGUACAACAGAGUUAUCUACCCUAUAACGUCGUCUGUCGGUGCCGAUUCUGGGUCCAGUUUUGCCGAGUCCUCAGCGGACUUCAGCGACUUGAACUCGUUGGAGGAAUACUUGAAAAGAAUAGCUGCGUUUUUCGUGGCUGAUAAACAUAUCAAUAUCGCCACAAAGUUCCUUCUUCGUUCCAAUGACAACUCUAAUGACUUAUGGGACUCGUAUGUGACAAAAUUGAAGCCGGUUUUGUUGAAAUACUUGCUGAACCAUCUGUUCAACCUCGACGAUAUCAUCGACUUCAAAGAUUUGCUAGGCGAUUUCAUCCAGGUGAUGGAAAACAACGAGUACAGAAUCCUCGAGCUUUAUGAUGUUAUGAUGGUGGUUUUUAGAGAAAACUUUGCUCCAGAAAUCAUCAAGCAAUUCCGAGCCGAUUUCAUUCAACUGAUACAUUCGGACCAUUACAUGCCUCUCGUUGUAAGCGACCGAGAAGACUACGAAAACGUCAUGAAGGUGUGCUGGUAUCACCCUGAAGUUUCUUUUGCGGCGCAUAAGGUCAAAAAGAUGCCGGUGAGCUUUCCGUUCAGCGAGGAUUUUGUCGAUUACUGUCUCUGGAUCCGGUCUCUUUUGGACGACUCCUUGGCAUUUAUCGGAAGAUAUUAUAGCCACGAGCAAAACGAGAUCAACUCCAUCAUCGUAAACGAGAUCUUCGAGAGAGCUCUUGGAAAAGAGAAGAAUUUUGGAAUCAGUAAUGACAUAAAAGAUUUCAUCGACGAAAACUCCCACAACAAGGAAGUCAUUUCUCAGACUUAUGUCAACCUCGAGUACUAUCUCUAUUCGCUUUAUGAGAUCGGAAAGUUAGUCAAUCAAAAACUCCGAACACACACAGGGAUUGGCAUCAACAAUAUCGACGCAAAAGGAACAUUCGUUUUGCGAGCCGUUGACCAUCUCACGCAAGUGAGAAAGUACUCUGAAGAUGCCAUUUUCAACAUGGUGGACCAGAAAAUUAAGGACCUUUUGGAGACAGUUGAGUAUAAUGACUGGCUUCCUUCGCGGCCCAACGACGAUGCCAGCUACUUUGUCAAAGACUUUGCAUUAUAUUUGGAGAACAUUUUCACAUCAACAUUCUCCAACCUCCCAUCUUCGCUUCGUACUUUAGGUCUUUUCAGAAGUUUCGACUAUAUCAGUGAAUACUUCUUGAAUAUUCUCAAAGAUUGCGACCGGUACAACAUGAUAGCCAUUGACAAUUUCGACUUGGAUAUCACAUAUUUGGAGGAUCUCAUGCGCCAGCUCUAUUCCACAGGGGCAGAAGAUGAUGGGUCAGGAGGCUCAGUGGCAUUGCAAUCGACGUUUGAAGAACUUCGCCAAUGCAUUGACUUGUUGAAGCUGAACAACUACGAAGAUUUUACCAAGAACCCGUCUUACAGAAUGCGCAAAUACAACCGGAUUCCAUUCGAAGAGGGCAUGAAACUUAUUGGCAAAAUGGUGCGAGAAGAGGACAUUAGUUCUGGUAACGAUACAGGGUCCAUUUACACUGUUGAACUGCAUGCACCAUCACUUUCGUCCUCCACAGCUUCAAAGUUGGCCAAAUUUUCAAGCAAGUUUGCCAGACCCGAAGGAAGAGAACGAUAG